UCUGAGUUUUGUUCCAUGCUUCAAAGAGCUUUUGGCCUCAGAUCUCCCCUUUCUGUACACUAUACAUGAAUCUAGAGAGAGAAAGAUCUUUCUCUCUCUACUGUCAAUGUGUGCAUAAGCUACAGGUCGCAGCAAAGGUUCGAAAGGUCAGACGACAAGUAAGUCUCGAACUAUCUAUUUCAGCUGUUGAUUCCCUCUCUGCAUCUUUUCCCGAGCAACUUUUCUCUCUCUACAUGUUUUCCAGAGCAAAUCUCUCUCUCUACAUAUUUUCCUGAACAAAUACACACUUAUGAAAGAAACUCAGAAACGAUAUAGUACACGAACACCAUGUACACUUACUUGAGCUCAACCGUGAGGGUUAGGGAUAGAGGGCCUCUCUCUUUUCACCAUUUUUCUCUCUCUAAUGGAAGAACAGAGCACUGUGCUUAUGGUUUAGAUGGAGCGUCUCUCUCUUUGAACGAUUUUUCUCUCUCGAAUCGAAGAGCAGAAUGCUAUGCUUUUGCGUUUCCCUUUUAUGGGGUUGGUCUUUGCCCCAGAAUAACCAGUGGCCUCAGGCAAUCUACACUGAUAUAUUGGUCGACGUGUAAAAGUAGGAUUGCCCCAAAUGCUUAUUCUAAGCUUCCUAGAGAGAGAAAGCUUGCUAGAGAGAGAGAGUUGAGUUAUGGGUCAUGCAGAGCUCUUAGGAAAUGUAGAGAGAGAAAGUUUCCAUGUAUGGUGUGGGAGGAAGAUAUGGAGAGAGAAGAGUUUGUUAAUGAAAUGCUUGGCCUGUUAAUGGGUGAUGAAAAGAAUGGAAAUUGCACCGAGACAGGGGAUUGUUGCUGUAGAUGCCAUGGAAGAAACUCCAAUAACAAAAAUGGAGUAAGGUUUGCUGAAUCACAAGUAAUGUUUUCAUGGGAAAUUGAGGAAAUGCAGAAUUGUGCUUCUGAUAGAGAGAAGAGAGAGAAAGUUGAGAGAAAUGGGGAAAGGAAGAGGGAAUUGGGGGCAAAAGCUUCACAGAAGAUGGAGAUUCGCCGAGAUGGUUUUUCUGAAACAGCUCAGAGAGAAAGAUAUCAAGGUAACAAGGAAGAGAGCAGUGGAUUAAUGAGAGAAAGUUCACAUAAAAUAAAGGUUCAUGAAAAUGCGGUUUCUGAAUCGGAUUGGAGAGAGAGAACUUCAGGGAAAGAUGAAAUAAAAAAUCAAUCAAAUUCGAGGAUAUCUCAAAUAACAGACAUUUGUGAAGUUAAUGUUUCUAAAAAAAAAACAGAUAUUCGUGAAGUUGGUGUUUCUGAAAGAGAUAAGAGAGAGAGAUUUUCAGCAAAGGUAGAUGAGAGAGAUUAUGCUUCUUCAUAUGUUGCUUCUGAAACCGAUAAGAAAGGGAGAAUUGAGAGGAAGGUGGAUGAGAGAGAUUAUGGGGCUUCAUAUGGUUUUAACAGGGUAUCGAAUGAAAUGUCCACUACCUCUUCUCAUGGUUUUGAAAAAGACUACAAUUUUGAGUUAAAAGAAACCAAUAAAUCGACUGUAAAUAAUCAUAGAGCCACGAGAAUAGAAGAGAGCCAUAACUAUUCAAUAUCAUGCGAUCUGCAAAGGAAACCAAUGAUAAAUCCAACAGAAAAUGUCAGGUUCUCUGAAUUGAGAGAUUCAUCAAGGAGUAAUAAUGAGGCGAUGAGGAGAGAGAGAAUCAAUACUUACAGUUCUGAAGCAUCAGCUAGUAAUAGCAAGAAUUUAACAGCUGGGAGAACGGUCUCCGAGAGAGAGGAAGCGAUCCUUCAGCAGGACGUUAUGGGUAGUUCUUAUAUAGAGAUGCAUAAUAGAGCCCAUAAAGAUGAUAUAAGGAGAGAGAGAACAAAUGUAACUGUAAAGGAUCAAUUUGAAAAUCUUGAGGAUCAUGUGAUUUGUAAAGAAGAUUUAUCAAAGCGUUCGGCUUCUUCAAAAGUCGGUAUUGUAAGAGACUCUGCAGAGAAUGUGGUGAGAGAUAGAGCAGAUGCUGACCAAUAUGAUGAAUUUUCUAGGAUUGGAGGAACUGAUAUCAAAAGAGUUUCAAAAGAGUCUCAGAGGCUUUCUGGGGUGGACAUUGUGGGGCGAGAAAAUGACGAAUUAGGCUCAAAGCUGGAUUGGGUCCAGGAAUCUGAUCACAGACAGCAAGAACUCAUGAUAGAUUCGCAACAAAAGGUUCAGAAUAAAGCAGAAGGAUACAUCAUCAAGCAUCAUGAAUCAGACUCUAAGUUCCACCAGCUGAAGCAGAUCACAGGGAGAGAAGAAAAGCAAUUCGCUUCAAAGAUGACUGGGGUUCAAGAAUCUGAACAAGAAAAGCAAGAAUUUGUUGUAGAUUCACAAAGGAUUCGAGACAAAGCUGAGGGCUUUGUUGGUGGGUCUCAUGUUUCAGACACUAAACCAAAAUACUCGAUCCAUAUUAGAGAGAAAGAAGAUGAAAAUUUAACCUCAAAUUCGAAGUGGGUUGAAGAAUCUGGGCAAACGAGCCAAAAAUUAACAGUUGAGUCAGGAGGUAUGGUUCAAAAGAGGUCAGAAGAAUCCCAAGUUGAGCAUCACCUUUCGAGUACUAAUUCAAACAAGCAAAGGCAGGAAGUCUCAGGUUCACAUGAUUAUCAUGAAAAAGGAAAAUCAACUUAUGAGGUUGAGAUAGAAAGAGCUUCUAGUCAGACAUUUUCUCUCUCCGAUCAAACUGUCUCUGACCAUUUGGUGGAGGAUAAUCCAAGGGUUGUCGCUACUAUAACUCAUAGUUCUGGGCCUUCUAUAGAAGGGUUCGAGACAAAGGGGCCGUCUGAUGAAAUGUGGGAUGUUUCAGGCCCAUCUGCUCUCUCUACAACUGGAGCUGGUACAGGAAAGCCACCUUUACCAGCUGGAAAUACCAUUGUUAAGAGGUCAAGCAAGUCGCUGUGGUCUUAUAUUGCAGAUAUAAUUCGAAAAGGUUGGGGUCCCACGCACACUGAACCUUCUCAUUCAACACCAAAGUCUGGUAAUAAGAGCUCAACUACUGAGUCAGGUGGUAGUGAGGCCUGGUUUUCAGGUCAUGAACCAGAUGAUGAUAAUUCCAAAAAAAGGGAGAAAAUGAGUAGGCAAGAAGACCCAUUGCCACUAAAAAAACCAGUGGACCAACCUCUAAAUCAGAGGCAAGAAGGUUUUGGAGCAGUGGAUUUGCAUGAGAGAGUAGCGCAGGAGGACAUUAAGGUCUCUACUUCUACAGGAUAUGUGGAAAGAGGUUCAAUUCGAAGACGGGCGUCUUUCACAUCUGGAAAAGACUAUGGUUCAAUGAGAAAUGAGAAGGGUACAUUGGAGGAAGUGGUUUCUUCGAGUUCAUCUGUUUAUGAAUCCCCAUUGCCUCAGAGAUUCGUUGAAGCCACAACUGGAGGAGAAAAAUCUUCAGAAACCAGUGAAAAUAUGGUAUCACCAUCACCUCAGAGUUUCAUAGAAGCAACCAUUGAGGGAGCAAAACCUGUAGAAACCAAUAAACCAGUGGUGGUGUUUGAUAAGACUGGUGCUAGUAGCUCAAUAACUGAAUUGCAUGGAGGAAGUGCUAGGGCGAGACUUCUUGAAGAUGCUCAGAUUGAGGAGAGAGAAGGAGAACUGAGGGCCAGGAAGCUUAAAAGGAACAUGCAAGUCCAGAAAGAAAGGUUUGAGUUGUGGGAGGAAGCCUUCAAAUUGGAAACUGAGCAGAGAAAAGCUGAUGAAUUCUUCAUGCGGGAAGCUUUAUCGGAAGCCAAGAAGGCUGGAGACAAUUGGGAAGUGCCUGUUGGGGCUGUACUAGUACAAAAUGGGAAAAUAAUUGCCCGAGGCUACAACCUUGUUGAAGAGUCUCGAGAUUCAACUGCCCAUGCUGAGAUGAUUUGCAUCAGAGAGGCAUCUAAUCUGCUCAAAAGUUGGCGCCUUGCGGAUACUACCCUUUAUGUGACACUUGAGCCAUGCCCCAUGUGUGCGGGGGCCAUUCUUCAAGCUAGGAUUGAUGUUGUGGUAUGGGGGGCUCCUAACAGGCUCUUAGGAGCUGAUGGUAGUUGGGUCAGCCUUUUUCCUUCUGGUGCAGGUGAAGAAGGGAAAAGUGGGUCGGAUCAAUUGAACCAAAGGGCAGGUCCUAUCCAUCCUUUCCACCCCAACAUAACAGUUAGGCGUGGAGUUUUGGCUACGGAAUGCUCAGAGGUGAUGCAAGAGUUCUUCCAACUAAGAAGGAAGGCCAAGAAAAAACCAGAGACCCCACCACCUGAACCUUCUUGGCUUCCUGUGUCAAACCACCCUUCCAAAUUCCUCACCAAAAUUCAUGAUGCUUUUGGCAUGAUGUUUUGUUCGUAGGACUCUCGGGACAUGCCUUUUUCUAACUAUUGAGUCCGUAACAUUAUAUGCAUCUUGAGCUUCUUUCCUUCUCUGUCUCCGUUAUUUCCUCUUGAUUUCUAUGAAAUCUAGCAUUAUUAGAAAUGUAUUUAUUUGUUCUCUUUUUACAAGUUAUUUUUUCUUACUUUGUUAAUGGCAACGUUAUACCAAUCAGGCUGUUUCAUGAGACUGUAGACAAAUAAAAAUAUUUUUU